AUGUCGGCUGCCAGUCCACCAGACCCGAAGGAUUCACUGCCCAGAAAUGUGGUCAUAAAGACGGAGCCCGAGAACGACGGCGGGCUGGUCUUCGGGGCGGGGGACGUGCCUGUUAGGCGGGAGCCCGUCGUCCCUCUCAUGGCCCCGGUGAGCGGGGUGCAGCCGCUCUCUUGGUCGCAGGACCACCGCCUGGCUGUGUGCACCACCAGCUCCAUGUCGCUGAUGGAGCUGGUGUGCGACGUCCACAGCAACAAACAGGACAUAGCGCUGCACAGGACCUCCAUCCCCGUGUCCACAGAGGGGCACAGAAUACGGGUGGGACCAGCCCAAGAGCAAGCUGAAGCGAUGGAGAAGUUUUCCUCACAUCCCGACCCCACUGUAAGGCAAGUUUUUCUGGCAGACCGAGUGAUGAACCCAUCGGUAGGAGUGCACAAAGGAAUAAAGUACUCCAGUUGGUCUCCAUUAGGUUGUGACGCUGCUGGACGUUGUCUGCUUUCUUGCUUAACACUUGACCAUAGACUCACCAUUCAUCAUAGCCACAAGCGCCUUGAGUGGAACAUGCUCGUUGACCUCACCAAAAAGUACAGUGAGAGGUUGAAGGAGCGAGGCUACGCCAAAAAAGACAACAAGCCGCCGGAGGCAAACCUGCAGGACUUUGAGGAGCUGCAGCGACGUUUCCGUAUGCAGACUCCUCUGAGGAUGGAGUGGUCGAGCGUUUACACGAUCAAACAGGUUCAGCCAGACAACACGUGCGUAGACGUGGAGAUGGUACUCCUCGCCAUCUUAAUGGAGAACGGCGACCUUGUUUUGUGGAAAUUCAUAGUGCCUUUUUUAAACGGGGAAGAUGUCACAUUUUAUGAUAUCAUUGAGUCAGGUGUGACUAGACCCAGUGACUUGGCGUGGUGGGAGUAUGAAAGUGCAGAUCGUCGGAUGAGCGGCCUGAUUGUUGGCAGUGAGGUGGGACCCGUCAAGAUCAUGCCGGUCAGUCUGUCGGGAGUGAAGGGCUACUUCACCCUCCGACACCCGGUCAUCCUCUGGAAGGAGUGCGACGAGAUUGCUGUUGAAAACAUCAAAUGCGUCCCGAUGAUCCACCCGAUCCAUAAAUCCAGCUGCAGCCUCAUUGUCGCCUCAAGGGGCUGCUACGUGUUUUGGUGUUUGCUCAUGAUUUCCCCGGCCGGACUAAAUGUGUACAACUCUCACGUGGCGGGGCUCCACUCGCUCCCUGUAGUCUCACUAGCGGUCAGUCAACAUGGCGUUGCAGUGUACACAUGUUCCAUAGAUGGGUGGAUUAAAAAACUGACACCAACAUUCACAGAGAAGACUUUGAUUUUCAAUCAAGAGGACAUGAUGCGUCCUGAAAACCUUACAGGAAGGCGGAUACACGGUAUUGCAGUAAGCUACAACGGAGCGUAUAUAGCCCUUGCCAGCACACAAGGUAUGGUUGGCCCCUAUCACCCAGUUAACAGGACCUACCAGGUUCACUUUGUGACCCUGAAAACACCAGAAACAGCAGCAGCACUGAUGCUUAAGUCCCCCACGCAGAACCUGUACAAACUGGCCGACCUGCUUGAUCUUGUGAGGUGGCAAAUUUUGAAAAACAAGUGUAUCCCUGCAUCGCUGCAAGAAGAGCUCGACCAAAAGAUCCAGGACGUAGACUCGCCUUACUUGUGGCGUUUCAAGCUCUUCUUGGUACGUGUACUUUACCAGUCACUACAGACACCACCAACGGAUCACCGCUGGAAACCUACACAUGAGGAGAGCAAGGUCUUUGUCAGGGAUGAGGAAGAGGAGGACGGACAAAACGAAGAAGACCCUGUGCAGGAGGAAGAAGAGCCUGCCGGGGUAAAACCACUGAAAGAGGAGAAUCUGGAGGAGCAGAUGGCGGAGGUGCAGGCUUGGAUCAAUGCCGUAGAGACCCAUCUGAUGAGAGAAAACAUGAAGAAGGUGCUGGGUGUGGUGUACCUCAACACCUGGAUCGCUCAGAACACCAGCGUACCCACCUGUGGCCUGAUGGAGUACCUCGCCAGAGACGCUAACGACAGAGCUGCAGAGGUCCUGAUCGGCCACAUCAAGAACAAGAUGAACAAGCAGACGUUCUCGGAGCGCUGCAGCCUGUGUCAGGAUGUGCUGCCCUUCACGGACCACAAACAAGCAAUCUGUAAAAACGGUCACAUGUGGCUCAGGUGUGUGUUGUCAUACCAGGCCUGCCAGACGCUGACGUUUAGACGUUGCCUCUUGCUCGAUAGCAUUGCCAGACUGCCAGAGCCUGAAGACCCAGAGUGGAUAAAGAAGAUCCUGCAGGCGCCCUGCACGUUCUGCGACUCGCCGAUGAUCUAGAGCCAAAUGACUGGAGGAACCUACCUCAGGGCUUCCCUGCGACCUUCAGAGCCCCCACCCCCGCUCUGAUGCAGGGUCCAAUUUUGUCAGACAUCACUGCUGCAACUUUUUUUUAUUU